AUGGAAGGCACAAGGAGAGGCAAUGGUGCGAUGGGUGGUUUGGAGAAUUUUGCUGCCCUGUCAUUGAAGGCGGGUGGAGCAGAGGAGGAGGCCGGCUCGAUGGCAGUCACAGCAGCUCAGGAGCUGGGGGUCGGCGGGGUCGGGAUCGUUCUACAACGGGACGACGAGCACAAGGUGCUCGGGUGGCACGUGCGGCAGAUCGAGGUCGGCUCCUCCGCCUAUGUGCAGGGAGACGUCCAGCUCUUUGACGUGCUCAUGGCGGUGGAAGGGAGCCUGGUGGAGCAGAUGGAGGAGGAGGAGAUCGUCGGGAGGAUCCUCGGGCCCGUCGGCUCGACCGUCACCCUCACGUUCGGGCGGGUGAUACACAAGGAGCGACCCGAGCUGAGCAAGGUCGUCAGGGUGACGCUGGUGCGGGGGAGGCCGAGGAUGCAGCUUGCGUCUGAGAUCGUCCGAGCUGAUGGCCUGCUAAGGUCGAUGGAACGUCAGCGCCGGGCCCUGGGAAAGGACGCGAAGGUGGCGGCGCGAUCGCUGCGGGAAGCGUCGGAUCGAGUGACGUCGCUCAAGGAUGAGCGGGAGAGUCUGAGGUUGACGCUGGAGGAUGUGCAGGCCAGGAUGAGGAGCAUGGAGACGAGGCUGAUCAAGAACGUGGCGGGCAAGGCGGAGCAAGAGGGCCUGCAGCGACUGACGUGCCAGGAGCUGCACGAGAGGAUCGCGAUGGUGCAGGAGAGGACGCUGAAGGCCAGGGAGAAGAUGAUGGAGAACGAGAAGAUGAAGUGGAGGAUAGAGAGCGAGGAGGGCGAGGUGUAUGCCCGCAUUGAGCAGCACCGGCGUUCGGCCCUUCAUAUGAAGGAGGUUCUCAGCUACUCCUCACCCAGCACCUCGACGAGCAAGGGCCCUGACUUGUCCAGCUCUUCCUACAGCAAGCUGGUCAGCGCGUACGAAGACAACAUAGAAGAGUUGUCCAGGUGCGUGCUAGACAAGAUUCAGACCCGUCAGGUCACAACCGAAAGCAUGUCAAGGGGCUUGCAGGACCUUGAGGUGUUGGAGGAGGCGAUAGCAGACUCCAGGAGGUAUCAGCAAGGGCUCCUGGCCAGGAGGGAGAAGUUGGAGGAGGAGAGGGAGAGGAGGAAGAAGACGCUGCAGGAUCUGGAGAUGAAGAACUCCUCCCUCCUCUACGCCCUCAGUAUCGCCAAGUCCCAGGGAGAGUACGAGCGGCAGCUGCUCGCUGACGCAGAGAGCGGGCAGGCGAAGAGCGUGAGGAUGUGGAGCUCUGGCUUGCAGUCCGUCCAGGACCUCCGGGUAAAGUCCCGCGAGUCAGCCAACGAGAGGAUCGCAGAGAUCGGGAGCAAGAUGGGAGCCAUGGCGGCCGAGGCGGCGGCAGCGCACAAGGCGCUGGAUGCGCGGGAGGAGGAGGUGAAGGAGGAGGAGAUGCGGCUGAUGGUGGCGAAGAACAAGAUGCACAUCGAUCGUGCAAGGUUGCAACAGGAGGUGAAGGACGCGAGGAGGGAGGUGGAGGAUCUGAGCAGAGCGCUGGAGAAGCCGACCAAGACACUGGAGGGAGAGAUUGAGGCCAUCAAGAACUUGUACGAGGCCAACACCCGCUGCAAGUCGGAGAUCGCAGCGUCAAAGCGCCGGUUUGACAUCCGUUGCAUGCACCUCACGCGACUCUACGCGGCGCAGGUUCUGCGCACGAGGAUGGAGGAGGCCAUGGGCGGGGAGCAAGGGCACGUGCUGAGAGGGGUGAUAGGCAAGAUUGACGAGCUCAAGAGCAUGAGGAGCCGCCUCGAGAACAAGCUCGCCGCCAUCCUCAACCGCAUCGCUCGCCUCUCCUCCGCCAUCGAUCGGUUUCACAACCAGACCCACGACCGCCAUGGCCUCGCGCGCGUCUACCUCAAGGAGCGCGAGAGGCUUCUCAUAAAAGCCAACGGCCUCUUUGCGGGCGCUCACAACCCAGCUGGGGAGAGCAACCGUUACUUCUCCCGCCGGCCUGUUACCAGGCUCCUCCAGGGCCCUGUCCUCGAUCUUCUCAAGUACUGCGACCGCGACCGUGCCAUGCGUUCAGAGCUGGAGGAGCCUUGA